GCCUGCGGGCCUGGAUAAAAUGCGCCCGGGCAUUCUUUUGUAAUCGACAGGACUGUCUUUCUAUUCAUUCAUGCUUCAGUGAUCUGUGCUAACCGGUUCUCGACUUCUGAGGUGAGGGGUGACACAGGGUGAUCACACAGUUGUCCACAUCUAGCUGCAGUCUAGCGCCGAGAGGCGGGUGUGUGGUGAACGGGUGUCGGCGAGUGGAGUACUGCACGCGGAAUAUUACUUUUAACGUUGUAUAGUGACGUGAACAAGAUGCACCCAGGUCUGUUGCCAGAGUUGUUGGUGGUGUCGUCGUUGACCCUGCUGGUGGCGCAGGCUGUUCCCACUGUUCGCAUCCCCAACGGAAAUGGAACGCGUUUAGUAGCAGCCGUGGGAAAGACCGUGGAGCUAGAGUGUGUAGUGACCGGUAUAGACGGGAUCAAAGAUGUUCAGUUGCGCUGGCAGUACGUGGGUGACUUCAGCAUCAACCCCGUCAUCCUCAACUCCACCGGUUACUACACCGUCACCGAGGUGGUACAGAGCCGAAACAGGAGGGUGAUCACGCUACAGACGGCAGCAGUGAGAUAUGAAUACGAAGGAUACUACUACUGUCAUCUACUGACGCCCGAGAACGACUACACCGACUAUGUGGAACUCAGAGUGGAAGGUGCGCCCACUUUUGACUUGAAUCAAACGACGCCCCCAGGAGAGCUGGCGUCCACCUUGCAAGACUCCAUGGACAUCGUGUGUACCGUCAAGGCAAGGCCAGGUGCUGAAAUAGAGUGGUUCAUGAACGGGACGCAGCUGUACAGUUCAGCUAGGGGGUACACCAUCAGCACCACGGUGCCCCUAGUUGAUAUUGUUACCAGCAGUACACUGUCCGUCUUCCCCCUGACCCAGGAACAGCUGGGGACCUACACGUGUGUGGCCAAGAACGCCCGGGGCCAGGUCAGGAGGCAGUGGUGGGUCACAGCCGCGCCACGCCUGUCUGUGGUGACCCCCGAGAAUAAUGGGACACGUGUUAACUUGGGCGAUGAGCUGACUGUACAGUGUAAGGGCGUCAACUUGGGAAACGCAGGCAAGAUCACCUGGUCCUUCAGCUCCAACGGGGCGGCAUGGACGACACUGACUGGUGGCAACAUCGUCGCUUGGACGGAUGCAAUGGGCGCCAUCAACUCCCAACUCUCAGUCACCUACAGUUACUACAGCAAUCAAGGCAUCUACCGAUGUUCCUGGCUCAAGGUGUCCCAGUCUGUGGUCAUCCGUAUUGUAGGUGGGUGGGUAAAUGUUGUUAUACCCAGUGUCCAUCACGGCAUCUACCGAUGUUCCUGGCUCAAGGUGUCCCAGUCUGUGGUCAUCCGUAUUGUAGUGUCCAUCAAGGCAUCUACCGGUGUUCCUGGUUCAAAGGUGUCCCAGUCUGUGGUCAUCCGUAUUGUAGGGCCGCCGGUCGUGACGUUAAGUACGACGACUGUAACAGCCCUCCCAGGAGACGCCGUGACCUUGACAUGUCGGGUCAAUGCCAAUCCACGACCCACGACACUGGGCUGGUUUUACAAAAACCAGGAACUGCGAAAUUCAACCAAGUACACUCUUUACCGAACUUAUAUAACCGGCGCCCUCUACAGCCAGACAACGUUGACUAUCAACCAAAUGGAGGAGACUGACUACGGCAGCAAGUACAAAUGUGUAGCCGGCAACGACGAGGGUCGCGACACCGCGAACGUCACACUGAGAGAUGUCAACGAGUGUGUGACGGGCGAGGCCACGUGUGACUGGGGCCAGCACGAGAUCUGUGUGGACACCCUGGGGUCCUAUGAGUGUCACUGUGCCACUGGGUUUGACAGGAGGGGCGGGACAUGUACGGCGACCACUGCCGCCCCAGUAGAUGUCAACCAAUGCAAGGUUGAUCACCAGUGUGAUCAGACAUGCGUCAACUAUUUCGGCUCCUUCCGGUGCGAAUGCAUGGUGGAUUUUCUCCUGCAGGCAGACAUGGUCACGUGUCUUCCGGUUUCAAGUGUUAUGGGUUCAUCAACUCAACCACCCGCCGCUAACACCGGAGGCAACAAUGUAGUUGCUAUAGGCCUUGGUGUUGGUAUCACCGUUGUCAUCGUUGCUAUCGUCGUUGUCAUUGUCGUCAUCGUCUGCAGACGUCGGGGCAACAGAGAGAGGGAACUGAUUGACAUCCCCAAACCGAAACCAUCACCCACGUCAGGCUUCUACAAUUCGGCAUACAGCGUCAAUGACGAUGAGGCUCACAUUUACUCGGAGUUGUCCCCCACGGGUGACGAGUUUCCCCGGGGUAGACUGAGGUUCCUCAACUCCUUAGGGGAGGGGAAAUUCGGACGUGUGGUCAUGGCAGAAGCCCUCAGCAUCAGCAAAACUGGCAAGUGGGAGGAGGUUGCGGUCAAGAUGGUCAAAGAGACCGCCACUGACGCUAUGAAGGAAGACUUCUACCACGAACUGACCAUUGUCCGUAAGCUGCCCACUCACCCGAACGUCGUAGCCUACCUCGGCUGUGUCACCGCAAGUGACCCAGCUCUGAUGGUCAUGGAGUACGUCAAUGGCGGCGACCUUCUCACCUACUUAAGAAAACGUCGACCUGAGAAAACUACUGAGCAAACGCCAAAAGAGGAGUCCUUCGUGACCCCUAAAGAUAUGUUGUCCUUUGCCCUUCAGAUAGCCCGGGGAAUGGCGCAUGUAGCUGCACAGAAGAUAAUUCACCGGGACGUAGCGGCGAGGAACGUUCUCAUAGACCGGAAACACGUGUGUAAAGUCUCGGACUUCGGUCUCGCCCGAGACGUUGAAGGAGCUGAUGUCUACGAGAGAACAAACAAGGGUCCGCUCCCGAUCCGUUGGAUGGCCCCCGAGAGUCUGCGAGAUUCUGUUCACACGUCCAAGUCGGAUGUAUGGUCGUUUGGUGUUCUGCUGUGGGAGAUCGUGACGCUAGGGUCCAGCCCCUAUCCAGGCAUGUCAGGGCAACAGGUCAUGACGUCAGUUCUCGAGGGCAAGAAGCUGGUUUGUCCGCCACAGUGCAACAAGGACCUAUACGCCAUCAUGUCAAGGUGUUGGAAUGACUCAGAUACAUCUCGACCGACCUUUGACAUUCUAUCACGCGACUUUGAAAGGAUACUGGAAGAUGAAGGCGACUACAUCCAGCUGAAUCAGAUGGAGGAGGGCAUCUACCAGGUGUUGGAGGGAGUACGGUCGGAGGAGAAGUUGUAGGGGACACAGACAUUGAUGAGGUUGACAUGGAUGUAUUUAGGUCCUGGAAAGUGGUACGGCUGGAGGUGAAGUUGUAGGGGACACAGACAUUGAUGAGGUUGACAUGGAUGUAUUUAGGUCCUGGAAAGUGGUACGACUGGAGGUGAAGUUGUAGGGGACACAGACAUUGAUGAGGUUGACAUGGAUGUAUUUAGUUCCUGGAAAGUGGUACGACUGGUGGUGAUUUUGCAGGCAACACACACACAUUGAGGAGACAGACAUUGGUGUAGUUAGGUCUUGGUAAGCGUACUCCUGGAGGUGAACUUGUGGAAGGUGCAUGUCCAACCAAAGCAUGUCUCAGGUACAUUCAGAAUGCCAUAAUGUUACCGUCAUCUCGGAUUGUUUGCUUACACUUUAUUGUCAUGACUUCGUUGACAACCCACCUCAACACAUUUGUGUUAUGUUCUUGGAGAGUUUGUGUUGUGUUGUAGGAGAGUUUGUGUUGUGUUGUAGGAGUGUUUGUGUUGACAGUAUCGACCUGCAUCACGAUGCACUGUGAGCACACCUAAGUGUCAGGUAAAUCACUACUUGCUGGCAUGUGACGAAUGUGUGACGAAUUAUUUCUCUUCAACACAGCGAUUCAAGGAAUAAUUCUCAAAUGAUUUGAUGAGAAAUCCCUUUGCUUCGGACUAUCUUGUGACUGACAUUUGCAACAGUGAUAUUCCCCCUCCGCUAAAUGUUCACAAGAAAGAGACAGUCUUAUCAACGUUCUAAAUGUUGAGAACGCUAUAUUUUAAUGACAUUUGAAAGGCCCUCAGGCCUUGAUGUGAGUAAAUGUGUCAUUUUGCCGUUGCUAACAAACAAGCGUAUAAUUGAUUUAUAUUUACUUCGGAUCAAAGUCUGUUAAUAUUGAGUAUCUUGUAUAAAAAUAUUUGUGCAUAUAGAAUAUAUUGAAAUAUUUUUU